AUGGCGGCGGCCAUGGAGCGGAGCAACGGCGGCGGCGGCGGCGUGAAGGUCAAGUUCAUCGAGACGCAGUUCGUCAGCUCCGACGCCGCCAACUUCAAGUCCGUCGUGCAGCGGCUUACCGGCAAGUACUCGAAGAUGCCGCCGCCGCCGGCGGCCUCGGUGCACAGGCCACGCCCGAGGCCGUGCGGCAGAGCCGGCCAACAAGGGCGGCCGUGCGUCUCCGGCAGCGACCAGCUGACGACGGCUGCGCCGGCGAGGCCAACGGGGGCGGCCAUCGAGCCGCUGCACGUGGGAGAGCUGAACGAGCUCUGCGACUUCGCCGACCUGCUCUACGCCGCCCCGAGCGCGCGGCGCCACGGCGGCAGCGUCGUCAACGGCUUUCCUUACUGA